AUGAUUAAAAAUGUCUUUUACGUUAUACUUACAUUUUCAUUUUUUCUAUUUAUAAUAAAGUGCGAAUACUAUACCAAUGAAAAGAAAGAUAUAUUUAUUGAAAUCGAAAGCAGUAAUGCCAAUUAUGAUAAGCGCAAUGGGAAUCCGUUGAAAGACAAGGCAAAUGAAGCACGGUAUAAAAACAGUGCAGCUAGUAAUAAGAGGGAUAAGGUAAAUAAAGAAGAAGGUAUUCAGUUAGAGGAUAUAAAAGAAGAUAUUAUAAAAAGGAAGAGAAAAAAUGAAAAUUAUGAUAAUGAAAAGAAAAGCUAUAAUACUUUUUACAACUCAAAAAGUGAAGGAACGAAAGAGGAUAGGAAGGAAAGAAGUGUGGGAGGGAAAAUUCGUCAUAAGAGCAGAGAGGAAAUUAACGAAGAGGGGAAAACAUAUAGUAUGCAUGCAGAAGAUGGUAUUAGCAGUAGCGAUCUUAACGAUGAUAAAGAUGAUGAUAAGACGAAUAAGAGGAUGCCCACGAAUUCAGUGGAAAUCAGUAACGAACAACACAGUAACGAACAACACAGUAACGAACAACACAGUAACGAACAGCACAGUAACGAACAACACAGUAACGAACAACACAGUAACGAACAGCACAGGAAUGAUAACUUCCUUGCACAGUUUCAAGAUAGAAUCGAAAUUUAUGAUGGCAUUAUUGACGAAAUUGUUAUUAGAAGCUUGAACAGCAGGAGGAAUUACACGUAUAUGAACAUGUUAGAAGAAUAUUCAUUGAUGACAAAGAUGAAUAAAGAGAUGUACGAUACGUUAAAAUACUUAAUUCGAAUUGUUAAGUAUAGUACUAUUAGUAAUAUCCCGUCUUAUAAUGAAAAGAAAAUGGUAUUAAAAUAUGAUGUUAAAGAGAAUAUAUAUAAAAAACAUUUUAUUAUUUCAUUAUUUCGUUGGUACAAUACAUUUAAAAUAGUAGAAUCAUCUUUUGAUAAAACUAAUUAUGUAUUCUACAUUGAUGAUAGGAAUAAUAUAUACUCCUAUAAAUAUACCUAUAAAUUAGUUUUAAAUUUAGUGAGUUCACAAAAUUUCUUAUUUUAUAUCAACUUAAAUAAAUUUUCGUUAUUAGAAAUUUUGGACAGUUAUAAUAAAUACAAUUUUAAAAUUAAUAACACGAUAAGGUACUAUCCUUCUCAUAUGUAUAACUUCGAAAAUUUCAAUGAUUUUGUCUAUUCAUAUUUUUCUCAUUAUAAUCAUCGUUUUUUUGAAAAGCACAAAUAUUUAAUAGAUGAAGAGGUAUGGUAUAAUAAAAUAAUACAUGAUGAUAAUAACCAAUUGUUUAAAAAAUUAAAAAAAUUAAAUAAUAAUUUUAUUUUAUACAAAUUUAAGACCAACUCUGAUGUUAAAGUCAACUACUUAGAAGCAGAAAUGACGUUAAUAUUUUCCAUCUUCAAGGAUUUCCUGCUUCAUUUGUUGAACAACUUAUAUAAUGAAUAUUAUUUCGAUAAGAUGCAACAUGCCGCGGGUGGAGCAAAGGUCAGGGAGGUGCCUAGCAGAGCGUCCGGUGUGGUAAAAGAAGCGGCAAAGGAAGCGGUAAUUGGUAAAGAGAUCGAUGUAGCGACCGAUGUAGCGACCGAUGUAGCGACCGAUGUAGCGACCGAUGUAGCGACCGAUGUAGCGACCGAUGUAGCGACCGAUGUAGCGACCGAUGUAGCAACCGAUGUAGCGAUCGAUGUAGCAACCGAUAUUGCUAAUACUGAGGUCAUGUCGGAUUCCAAGAAGGAGGAAGCGGAGAAAGUGCCAGAAUCGGCCGUAGGCUAUGUGAGAGGAGAUGAACAAGUUGAAUUGAAGGGAGCAUAUCACCACCCGAAUAAUAGUACAUAUGAAAAUAUGCACAGCGAAGGGGAACAAUGUUCAACGGAUGGAGGGCUUAAGGGUGAUCAUGCAAGUUCGUGUAGAAGAAGUGCAGAGAGUGGUGGAACCCAUGGAAACGCGAACAAGCAGGGUGAUACUAAGAGUAAUGUUCAUAGUAGUGCGAAUGUAAACAUGUAUAACGAAGAGAAAGAUAACCUUCAGAGUAACACGCGCAGUACUGUUAUUGAUAGUAUCAGUGGUAGUAAUAGUAGUGAUGAUAGCGUGAGUAAGGAAGGAGAAAUGAGGAACGAUCGCUUGGACAUGGAAAGUGGUUACAUAGAAAGAGACGAAGUAGAAGAUGCAGAUGAUGAUGAGAGCAAAUAUGCUCCAAACCAAGAGAAGAAGAAUGUAGAUGCUGGAGAGGAAGAUAGUGAUAUAUGGAAUAACAUCCUAGAAUCGUAUUAUAAAUUAUCUGGUAAUGAAAAUCUUAAAAAAUAUAAUAAUUAUAUAAUAAAGAAUUUAAACCGUUUUCUUAAUUUAUCUGGAGAAAAUUUAAAUAAUGAUUAUAAUAAUUAUAAAAAUAAAUAUGAACUAAAAGAUGGUUUUAUUAUUAACAAAAAUAUGGAUAGAAAUAUCGCAUUGAUUUUUAAUCCGUCAAAAGAUAUCUUUUCUUAUUUGAAUCAAAUAAACAAUAAAAAAAAAAUAAAUUUUAAAAAAAUAUAUGAAUAUUUACUAACAAUUAUGAAAUAUAAGGAUGGUAGUAACUUUUACGACAAUCAUUUGCAAUGUAGAAGUAGAACAGACAUGUUACAAUAUAUUGAAGAGAAAUAUGGUCUGCCGAACUAUUAUGAGAUAAGUGAGCAGAACAUAAUAAAUGGUGUGGAUCACUUGAGGGAAAAGCCUAGGACAAGAGAGGAGAUGUUCUCCCACAUGAAGCGGGACGAUUUGAGUAGAUUUAUCAUUUUAAAUGGAAAUGAUGGCGGUGGUAUUGGUAAAAUGGGGAACAUUCAGACAAAGGAGGUAUCCAAUCCUAGGGAAAUGUACAGAAAGAUAGAUCUGGGGAUAUACACCCCUGCGGCUACCCAGAUGAAGGAUAAAAUACACGAUCAGCUGAAAUUGUUGAGGACCAAAUUUACAGACAAGUUAAAAAGUGAAGCAACGUGUGUGUUAGCAUUUCUAUAUUUAAUAGGAAUAAAUGAUGAUAAUGGGAAGUUACAAUUCCCAUAUGGUUUUCCUAGAAACAUUGAUUAUUCAGUAAAACUUAUUAGAAAAGGUAAAGAUGGUUUAUGUAAUUUUUUGAGUGGUAUAUUAUAUCAUAUAAAUUUACCCAUUUUUGUAAAUAAUUCUUCUAUUUCUAUUACAACAGAAAUAAAUGAUGAUAUUAUUGAUAUGAAUGAUAGUUCUGUUAAUAGCUUUUUUUAUAUUUAUUAUAAAAAUAAUAAUAUCAUAAGAAAUUAUGAUUUUUUAUCGGAUGAAAGUAGGAUUAUACCACGAGUAGGGGAUAAUAUAAAAUCAAAAAUUAUUUCGUAUUCAUUAGGAUCAACUAAAGAUGAUUUUUAUAGUAAAUUAGCAUUUACUAAUAAUAUAAUGAGAUUAAAAUAUAAAAAUAAAAUGAAUAAUAUAUAUUUGAAAGAUCAUUUUGAUUUUACUUAUGAUAAGAAAAAUUAUGAACAUUCUGUUAUCAAAAAUAAUAUUUCUCCUUUUUUAACAUCAUGUAAUUACUUACUAAGUAAUAUAUUAGGAGCAGUUGUAGAAUCGUUAAAAUCUUCUUCAUCAAUUGAGAGUGGAUUAUAUGAAGAAUAUAUAAAUGAAAAACAUAGACAUCUAAUACAUAACACUGUAGAUCAUAAUAAAAAUUUGUUUGAAUAUUUUUUAAAAUUAGCUGAUAGCAGAAACUCUUAUGCUCUUGCAGCAUUAGGAGAAAUAUAUUAUUUAGGAAAUGAAAGUAUAGGUGUCGAAAGAGAUGAAGUCAAAGCUUUUGAGUUUUGGAAAAAAGCUGCAGAUCAGGGAGAUAGCACUUCCGCCUUGUCAACUGGAUAUGCUUAUUUAGAUGAGUACAAAAGGUUUGCAAAGAAGGAGGAGAUCGUGAAGAACAUGAGUCGAGAUGAAUUGCUCAACAUGAUAAGGGGUGAGAAGUCAGGCAACGCGGGGAAGGGUAGCGUUGGUAGUAGCGGAAGCAAUGGAAGCAGUAGCGUGUUCGAUUUGUAUGAAGAAACAAAGGACUUGGGUCAAACAGAGGGAAAGAAUAGCAUGAAUGGGAAAAAAAGUGGAGAAGCAAAAAGUACGUCUAGAGGAGGAGAACAGGGUCAAAGGGGUGAUACGAAGGAAGGCAGAAGAGAAGAAAACACAGAUGAGCAUUACGCACUUAUGUCUAAUGUAAAUAGAGUGUCCUUCUCAAACGAAGGUACAUCCACUGGAUUGAAUGAUGAUGCUCUAAACGGUUUUUCAAAUAUAUCUUCUAAUCAGGAAUAUAUGGGAGAUAUGCCACAGGGCAGUUAUGUGAAUUCUUUCUUUGAUGGAUCAUCUACAUUUUAUGAUGGAUCGGAAUCGUCUGCGCAGUAUGGAAGUACAAAUGUAGGGGGGGAAGGAAGCACUACUUACGAAAAUGGUGCUCAUAAGAUAGGGUCAAAUAUCAAAACUUCACAUGUGGUGCAUGAGGGGGAGAAGAAUGACAAGCAAGGGGAGUACGUGCAAAGCGGGGAUAACAGUCAUAGUUCUAGCAGUCAGACUUAUGAGGGUGGUAAGCAGAUGGACGAUAAUAUUUUUGAGGAACAGGAUGAGGUUAUUAAAAAGUACAUGGAUGACCUAAGCAAAGACGCUAAUAAAGCGUUUAAAAAUGCGGAGCAAUAUUUUCAUAAAGCAAUAAGAAACAACGAAGGUAGUUUAGAAAACAUUUUAGCAAAAUAUAAUAUUUACAAAUUCGGGUUAGGGACGAGUAAAAAUUUAGAACUAGCUGGAUACUAUUUAAAAAAGGCAGCAGAUAAAGGAGAUAAUAUAUCACAGAUGUUAUUAGGGCAUUAUUAUUCAGGUACAGAUAUAGGUAUAAAAUUAAAAGAUUAUAAUGAUGAUAAAAUAGAAAAUUUUAAAAAGUCGUAUAAAUAUUAUAAUAUGUCAGCGAAGAAUGGAAAUAUUAUUUCAUUAUAUAAUAAAAAUAUAUUAAUAUUGAAAGGAGUUAAUCCGAAUUAUAAAUCAUUUAAUGAAAAAUGUGAAAAAACGUUGAAGCAUUUUCAUUUCAUUGGUUUAUUUAAUGAUCGUUUAUAUGCUUUAACAAAAUUGUUAAAGAGAAAUUAUCAGUUUAAGGAUUAUACUGGUUCCUUAUUAGUUUCUAUUAUGUUGUCCGAGUUAGGAGAUCAUCCUAAUAAUGUCAAUGCUUCUUUUUUGUGGACUUUGAAAAGGCAAACUAUGCAGGUAUUUAUGGAAAAGUACACCAUUGUUGAGAGUAACGUGGAGAAAUACAGGUUGGCCUUAAGCAUGGAGCAGGACAGCAAGGAGAAGAGGGGCGGUAGUGAAUCCAGAAGUGGAAGUGCAGCCAGUAAUGGUAGUGCAGCCAACAGCGGAAGUGGUCAAAUAAUAAAACGAAUUUACAACAAGGAGAAGGGGGUAAAAUAUACCAUUCAGAGAAAUUCAACAGUCAGUUGGAAUUCAAUUUUAAAAAGCUGCACUAUGAUCAUAUCAAACAUUUUUGAAAAAAAAAAAAAAAAAAAUGUUUUUGUUCAAAUGAAAUUUUGUCAUAAUUUGAGAGAAGAAUUGUUGCAUCGAAAUCGAAGAAGGGGUGCUGUCUUUAAAAAGGAUAACUGGUAUUACAUGAAGGAUAUAAAUACAUUGGAAGGUAUUAAACACAAGGGACUUAUUACUGCUAAUAGUGGAAGUCAGGAAAGAGAGAAAUAUAACAGCACGAGUAGUAGUGAUACUCCGGGAAAGGGCAAGGUGGACAGAGGAAGUUAUGGAUACGUGAAUAAUGAGCACAAAAAAAAAGGCGAAAAAUUAAAUGAAGGCACUAAUGAAAGCGUGAGUGAAAGCAUGAAUGACGAAACGAGCAAAAAAAAAAAUUUGUACAACUACGACACGUAUCAUCUGUCAAAGAAACACAGACAAAUGGAGUUACUCGAAAAUUAUGACAAAAUUAUACUAAACGAAAUAAAGAAGGAAAAGGACAACGAAGGAAAAAUUAGGAGGAUAGAACAGGUUAAGAACACCAUUAUGGAGCACCUCCGAACAACGGAAUUUUUGCACUGUUACUACAAACCCAUGUCUUACUAUCAAAUUAAGUUGGAAGAAGAAAAACAAAGGCGAUUAAAUGGAAGUAUGGAAGGCAAGAACCGUAGGGAAACUAGUAGUAACAUCAUGCGUACGACAGAUGCUCAAGAUAAUCAGUUUAACAGAUAUUCCACUUUACUAGAGAGUGAAGACAUAAAAGAAAUAUUUUAUUACAAGAAGAAAUAUUCUUCAAAUAUAUUUCAUGAAAUUCAGAGUUUUUCCAAAAACUGUGAUGUGUGCAAACAAUACUAUGAUAUAUAUUCAGCCUAUUAUGGAUAUAAAAAGUCAAGUAUUGAUUUAAUUAAAAAAUAUAGGGAAGGUGAUGAAUUUACUAUAAAAAGUAAAAGAAAAGAAUUACAAUAUUUAAUAAAGAACUCAGGUGAACAUAAUCAUGAAUCUCUUUAUUAUAAAGCUGUUUUUUUAGAAAAUAAUAAAUUAGAUAGUUUAAAAAAUAUAUUACAGAUAUAUUUAGAAUUAGCAAGAGAUAAACAUCAUGCUUGUAAUGUUAUUGGAGUUUUAGGUAUUUUGAAAAUAUUUUUUAAAAAAAUCUUUUUUGAUAUCAAUAUUUUUAAAAGACAGAAAAGAGAAAUCAACACGACUUCUGCCAUUCCCAUACAUACAUUUUAUGACUCGAACACAUGCACUUUGGAAGAUAAUUUUUUAUAUAAAACCGAAUUUGAUAAAAAGUGUUUUAACUUUGACUAUUUGUUAAAAAACAAUUAUAUUUAUUCCGAAAUUAGGUAUACGGACAUCUUUAAACUUUUGUAUAGUUUAUUCUUGUCCUUCUUUAAAAUGAAAUAG